GUCAACUCAGCGGCAGCUCGUAGGCUUAAAGUCUUAAAGGUGCAGAAGUAAAGUCGCCUCAUGACAUCUAAUGGCCGGGAGGACACGGGGAACAUAACACCACGUUAUUCACCUUCGGAAGAGUCAGUUUAACUUUAAUUUUUUUCAUCUGGUUCAGCUUUGUCUUUCCCCUCCAAAGCAACAAGUGGCAGCAACGCCCCGGGCUGGAAUCAAGCUCUCACUAUGUCUGAUGGAGAAUAUGAUUACCUCAUCAAGUUCUUAGCCCUGGGCGACUCUGGUGUGGGAAAGACCAGUUUUCUCUACCAGUACACUGAUGGCAAAUUUAACUCUAAGUUCAUCACCACUGUCGGAAUUGACUUCAGAGAAAGACGAGUGACGUACAAUUCCACCGGUCCUGAUGGCUCAUCAGGUCGAAAACAAAAGAUCCACAUGCAGCUGUGGGACACGGCAGGACAGGAGAGGUUUCGGAGUUUGACCACUGCCUUCUUUAGGGAUGCUAUGGGUUUUCUCCUGCUGUUUGACCUCACCAAUGAACAAAGUUUCCUCAAUGUCCGAAACUGGAUGAGCCAGUUACAGGUUCAUGCUUACUGCGAAAAUCCAGACGUGAUUCUGUGUGGCAACAAAUGUGACCUGUCUGAACAGAGAGCCGUGAGGGAGGAUGAAGCCCGAGACCUGGCAGAGAAGUACGGAAUCCCUUACUUUGAGACCAGUGCUGCAAACGGCCAGAACGUCACUGAGGCGGUGGACGUCCUGCUCGACCUCAUCAUGAAGAGGAUGGAACGAUGCGUGGACAAGUCCUGGAUCCCCGACGGCACUUUCAGAACGAAUGGAACCAACACUGCAGACUUGGCAGAGAGCUCCAACAGUAGCAAAUGUGCAUGUUAAGAGUGUGGACAAAUGUGAAUGACUGUUUUAGGCUUCACAUGCAAAUGAUACACCAUUAAUAACAUGCUGUGUAGUUUGUCACUAUGUGCCUUUGUAAUAAUAGUUGGACUUUUGUGACUUUAUUGCUUGGGGUGGGGAUAUUUAUUUACCUUAAUGCUAAAAGGUCCAGUCAUGAACAUUAUACAGUACAUAACACAGUUCCAAUAUGCAACAGAGUAUGUUGCCAUAAAUAUGUGGGUAAUCGUAUUAGUUACUAAAACGUUAUUAGUAUUUCUUGCAGAUGUACUGCAUUUCAUUCCAAUGCUGCAAUAUUCAUUUUCCCAGCCAAAAAGUAUUCUGGACUAAAUGAUGAAAACACGAGGCAAGUUGUUAACGCUUCAAUGAAUACAGUUAGUGUUCAAUUAAAUUAAUCCAUUGACAUUGUUUAAGAUAACAUCAGUCUUAAACUGUAUGUGCUAAUUGAUUAUUUGGCAGAAUAUUCCACAACAAUAAGCAGCAAUUGUGUGCCUUUUAAGUAAUAAAGCACAACUGUGCUAUAUUGAUCACAAAAUAAGAUAAUCCAUCCAUCCAUCCAUUUCCUACCGCUUGUCCCUUUUGAGGUUGCUGGGGGUGCUGGAGUCUAUCUCGGCUACAUUCGGGCGGAAGGCGGGGUACACCCUUGACAAGUUCCCACCCCAUCGCAGGGCCAACACAAUACAUAUCAUUUAACUGUUUAACUUUUUUUUUACAUUCUGAUUGAGAAUAAUCAAUUAAUAACAUUGAAUUGAAAGAGAAAAUUGUCAUUGAGAAGCAAUUUAAUGCUUCAAAUACUUCUCAUCUGUUUCUGUAUUCUGGUUUAACAUUUGCAGGAGUUAUAUUUACAUUCACCAUGUAGUUAAAACACUGAAAUACAAUUGUUGUCCAAGAGUUUUCUUUUGAAAGUCUAUUAACUGUUACUUUGAUACUGUAUGUAUAACACAUUCCUCAAAACAUAUCAGUCAACUAAUUCAGCAAAUACAGAAGAAAUGUGUAAUUGAUUUGUUGAAUGAAUCCCAAUUUGUUCCAUACACUUAAAAAAAUGUUACUUUAUUUAAAUAAACAUUUGAAUUUA